GCGGACAGAACACUUAUAAUGGCGCAGUUGAAGUCUCUGAGACCCCUGGUGAAAUUAUUAGUUAAUCGUUCUGAAAUCGGAAAAGCAAGUGUUUGGCACGCGGUGAUUGUUACGUUCAUGCACUACUUUUCCUGGGGUCUUCUCACCGUGCCAUUCAUCGAGAAACUCUCGCUAUCCUUUGGAAAUCACGUCCUUCUCGCCGAUGGACUCGUUUACGGAGUUAGAGGAAUCCUGGGAUUUGUGACCACCCCUGUGAUGGGCGCCAUUUCUGAUUUCCGUGGCCGAAAAGUGGUGAUGUUGCUGGCCGUGGCAACCACUUACGCGCCGAUUCCAUUCAUGAUGUUGAAGAGUUGGUGGUUCUUCGCCAUACUCACUGUGAGCUCCAUCUGUGGGAACACUUACUCGGCUUCAUUGGCCUAUGUGGCGGAUGUGACCAGUGUGGAGCAUCGUUCAAAAGGAUAUGGCAUUGUGGCGGCCAGUUUUGGUGCUGGAAUAGCUUUUUCGCCAUCGUUGGGGAACUUUUUGAUGAAAUCGUACGGGUCCGGAUCAGUUAUUUUGAUUGCUACCAUCACUGGGUUGAUCAAUAUCUUGUUUAUCAUAUAUGCAGUGCCAGAGAGUUUGGUUUUAAAGGAAAAAAAGGUUACGCUGGAUGAAAUGAAUGAUAACCAAGUGGAGGACAAGAAUGUCGACAUAAAUUCAAAGGAAAGAAAAGAGAUCUUAAAUGGAGAACAAAAGUUGAAUAACAAAGUUUUAGUGAACAAGCCAAACCACAGCCCCUCACAGAAUCUAGUCAGCAAUAAAGAGCAGAACCAAAAGAUCAACAAAGAAGAAGAAAACUUACAGAAUGAUUUAACUGAAAUGGAGAAAAGUGAUAAUAGCACCUUAAACACCUCCGAUCUUUGGGAAGGGCUGCGUAAAAGCCGUAAGGAUAAGAACCUGCUCGUGAUAUACCUCAUAACAUUCCUGUCCAUUUGGCCCUUUGCCGGAGUGGAUUCUACUGCGCCAGUAUAUCUGAAAACUAAUAUGGGAUUUGAAUAUGAGGAGGUCUCCAUGAUGUUGGGAUUACUGUCUGUGCUGGCGAUCACAUCCAAUCUCCUCCUGGGUUACAUUAUGAACAUAGUGGGGGCCAAGUGGUCCAUCCGACUGGGAUUACUACUCCUGCUAUCGCAGCUGCUCUUCUUCGUCUUUGGGACUCAUCAUUGGAUGUACUGGUUAAGCAGUAUUUUGGCCGCCUUGGCAACAAUUAUUCCCUCUGCCAGUAAUGCGGUGGCUUCCAUCUAUGCCAGUCCCGAAAAUCAGGGGGCUGUACUGGGUAUAAUCUCUGGAAUCGAGUGCUUGAGCGAGGGUUUGGGACCAGCCGUUUUCGGAGUCCUCUUCUUUAUUUUCCAGGAUGAUUCGGAGAAUAAUCUCAAAGUUAAUUCACCAAUUCCAAUGCCCUUUGUCAUAAGUGCCAUUGCCGUAUUUGUGGCCAUAGUCUUGACAGGUUUAAUUAAAAUGGAAACUGUUGAAAAGGAACCAUUGAUCUAUAAGAUCUCAGACGACGCCACCGAGGAUGAGCUAGAACCACUUACGAAAACAAAAUUUGAAGAUGAAAAUAUUUAUGGCUAUGUACAACUAGAGUUAGAUGACUACAAUGAUUCGGAUUGUAAAGGCCGUAGCUUUAAAUAAUUGUAAUUUAACUAAACGUUUUAUAAGUUUUCCUCAGAA